AUGGAUGAUUUAAGGAAAGACAAAAAUAUGAUAUAUACACCAAGCAGAUCUGAGCCUGCUAGUAGAAGAAUUUCCAGGUCAGAAUCAAUGAAUUCAACUAGUAGUAUCAAAAUAUCGAUAAAUGAUAAUCCAGAAUCAGCAAAUAGAACAGAGACAAUAAUAAUUCCAGCACAGUCAUCAGCAAAAACAUCAAGGAAUCAAAAAUCGCAAUGGAGAGAUACAUACUUUCCAAAUUAUCCUCUCCGAAAGAAAAAAUCAGUGCAAAUGCAAUAUUCUGGCAGUAAAUCAAGUCGAGAGAUAUCACUUAGUCAAAAAAUUUUAGCUUCAUUAAAUGAUACAGAAUUACUUACCGAUUCAACUGAAAUUGAAUCAGAUUUGAAUAUUAAUGGACCUUUACCACCACGUAUGGAUACAGGAAUCCAAACAGACUGGAAAGUUACAAAUAAUAAAUUAAGGUUAGAAGUAACAUUUGAAGGCGAGACACUUCUGAAGAAAGAUAGGAAGUUCACAUUAGUUACUCUACCACAUGAUUAUAUAGAAAUUGGAUUUCGCGCAGAUGCAAAUAAAAAUGAUGAAUUUGCAAAUAUCGUCCACAAGAAAUUCGAUAAAAAUAGAGUUGUAACUGGCGCUAAGAAGAAAAAGGAGGAAAGCCAAGAAUCUCAGCCAAACACUUCAAGAGCUAUUUUAUCAACCACUGAAAUCUUCCCAUUCGCAUCAGAGAGGAAGAUCAAAUAUCUAAAUUACAAUGCUAAUACAGAGAAGCUAAAGUCUUUACAGAAAUCUAAUAAAAAAUCUAUUUCAUCGGAAUCAUCAGACCAAAAAGCGCCGCCAGAACCUAAACAAGACACAAAGGAAACCACCAAUAAGAAGAUUUUAUUGAUACCUGUAUUAGAAUCUGAUUUAGAAGAAAUGGAUGUAACGAUACCGAUGAAUAAUGAAAAGCCUAAAUAUAUGAAUCCUAAACCACCGUUGAGCAUAUCGGAACCUUAUAAAAUAUCCAAAUAG